GAGAGAGAGGGAUGUGAACAUGCUGAAGGGAGGGAGGAGGGGAGGAUAGCGAGCGAGGGAUGGGGAGCUUGCCGGACUGAGCGGAUAGAAGUGUUACUACAGAGCUGCUGCUGCUGGAGGACGGGCUGGGAGCCGAGGAUAAUGCUCCAUCCCUCAGCGUACAGCAGCACGCCGGACACCUUGUAAUUUCUCGUGGCGGCGGCGGCAGCGGCUGUGGAGGAGGAGGAGGGUCUUCAUUGUUGCAGCAGUGAUUGUCUUUUCUUUUCUUUUUCUUUUUUCUACCCCCUUUAACCACAGUCUUUUUCAUCAUCUUCCUGCUCGCCCCUCCUCACUCCUUAUUCCUCUGCAACUGGCAACCGCUGGGCUCCCCCCUCCCCUCCUCCUCUCUUUUCUACUUCUGUCCCUUUUUUCCAGAGGAGGGAUUUCUGUAUUUCAUCAGGGAUUGUAGAAGACAUGUCUCUCUGGGAAUGAUGGUGUUGCCACAGGUGCCGCCCUCUCUGUCGCCAUGACGAUGCCGUUCAGCCCCCUGUCCAGCGACGAGGAGCAACAAAGGAUGCUGGGAAACAAUCGACAUCUGUAUCCAGGGGCAGAGGACGAGGAAGAGGAAGAAGAAGAGGAAGAGGAGGAAAUGGAAGAAGAUGAGCGUGAUGAGGACCAGGAGGAGGAGGAGAACGGCGAGCUGGAGGGGGAAGAGGAAGACGAUGAGGAGGAGAUGGUGGAGGAGGUCAGGCGAGGAGGCCUAUCACGAGGGGGCAGGGGUGAGGGACACAGGCAGUCAGGUAAACUGGCUGGACGAACCGCCGGGGACAGACAGAUCCGGUCAGGGAACCCUGGACACACCACAAACCCCUAUUCGUCCAAUCCUGGACCCACGCACCAACAGCCAGCCAAUCACAUACAACAGCAGCAGCAGCAGCAGCAGCAGAGGAGGCUGAAGGAGCGCAGCACCGGCUCCGUGCCAUCUGAGGACGCCCACAUUGCCAUGAUGGUGUUUCGCAUCGGCAUCCCAGACAUAAAGCAAACGAAAUGUUUGCGGUUUAACCCAGACGCCACGGUGUGGAAGGCCAAGCAGCAGGUGCUGUGCUCCCUGACCGAAUCUCUUCGGGACGUCCUGAACUAUGGUCUGUUCCAGCCCGCCACGGACGGCCAUGAUGCCAAGUUCCUGGAGGAGGAGAGGCUGCUGAGAGAGUACCCACAGUCCUUUGAGAAAGGGGUACCAUAUUUGGAGUUUCGAUACAAGACCAGGGUGUACAAACAGACCAAUCUGGAUGAGAAGCAACUGGCCAAACUGCACACUAAGGCCAGCCUGAAGAAAUUCAUGGAUUACAUCCAAACCAGCGCUGUGGACAAGAUGAGCAAGUUCUUAGACAAAGGCCUUGAUCCCAACUACCAGGAUGCUGACACCGGUGAGACCCCCCUGUCCCUGGCGGUGCAGUGUGAGCCGGGUGGAGGUGAGGCCAUCCGGGUCCUGGUGGAGGGAGGGGCUCACAUUGACUUCCGCGCCAAAGAUGGACUCACACCGUUACACAAAGCUGUGCGAGGCCACCGCCAUACGGCCCUGCUGGUCCUGCUGUCUCUGGGUGCCUCUCCAGACUAUAAGGACCGGCGAGGGCUGACACCGCUCUACCACACUGUGCUGACAGGGGGGGACACCUCCUGCUGCGAAACACUGCUUUUCCACCGCGCCAAACUGGGCAUCAGGGACGAGAACGGCUGGGACGAGACACAUCAGGCCUGUCAGAAUGGUAACUCGCAGCAUCUGGAGCACCUCCUCUUCUACGGUGCGGAUUCUUCCUCCCAGAAUGCCUCUGGAAACACUGCCUUGCACAUCUGUGCUUUAUACAACAAGGAAAGCUGUUCACGAAUUCUGCUCUACCGGGGAGCAAAUAAAGACGUGAAGAACAACAAUGGUCAGACCCCCUUUCAGGUGGCUGUCGUGUCUGGCCAUUUUGAGCUGGGAGAAAUUAUCAAAAACCACAGGGAUACAGAUGUGGUUCCUUUUGUGGAGUCUCCAAAGUAUGCCCCCCAGAGGCGGGAGAGCGCCCGAACACUGGCGAUACCCCACCCUCAUCCCUUCCUCCGGGCCAACAGUGACAGCAGCAUGAACCUGCCAGACUGGAUGGCGGUGCCGAACGCCCCGGGGACCAACAUCGUCUCUGUUCAGGGCUACAAGCAUACAGGAACCCUUCGGAGCUCCAGCAGUCCCAGAGGGGCGAGGACGCGUUCCCCGUCCCGAGGAAGGAUUGGAGACAAGGAGGACCGGAGCAGGCAGAGUCGGAGACAGGGACCUGCCCUCACCAGCACAACUGGACAAACCGCAGGACAGCGGAGACGCCUCUACAGCGCUGUCCCAGGACGAGUCUUUGUAGCUACUCGAUCACACUCUGCACAGGGAGAGCGAGAAAUCAGCUUCAAUAAGGGAGACAGGGUCAAAGUGUUGAGUGUUGGCGAGGGUGGGUACUGGGAGGGGACGGUCAGGGGUCGCACAGGCUGGUUCCCCUCUGACUGUGUGGAGGAAGUGAUGCUUCGAAGCCAAGAGAACCGAUCAGAGAGCCGUGGAGAACGAGCCAAAAGGCUGUUCCGCCAUUACACUGUGGGAUCCUACGACAGCUUUGACGCUCCCAGUGACUAUAUAAUAAAGGAGAAGACAGUGCUUCUGCAGAAAAAAGACAGCGAGGGUUUCGGCUUUGUGCUGAGAGGAGCCAAAGCUCAGACUCCUAUCGAGGAGUUCACCCCCACCCCGGCCUUCCCUGCCUUGCAGUACCUGGAGUCAGUGGACGAGGGGGGCGUCGCCUGGAGAGCCGGUCUCAGGAUGGGGGAUUUCCUGAUAGAGGUCAAUGGUCAGAAUGUGGUGAAGGUUGGUCACCGGCAGGUCGUCAACAUGAUCCGGCAAGGUGGCAACAGCCUCAUGGUUAAGGUUGUCAUGGUAACUCGCAACCCUGACAUGGACGAGGGUACGAGGAAGAAAAUCCCCCAGCAGAGUAAGAGGCUGAGCACUCCGGCUAUCGCCCUACGAUCCAAAUCCAUGACUUCAGAACUGGAGGAGAUGGUGGAGAGAGCUGCUACCCCUUGGAAAAAAAAAUCAGAAUUCGAAUCCUCACAAGUUACAGAGAAGAAGAGGACAGUCUAUCAGAUGGCUUUGAAUAAACUAGAUGAAAUUCUUGCAGCAGCUCAGCAGACAAUCAGCACCAAUGAGGCGCCGGGGACACGGGGACAGGGGCCAAAAAGAGACAGGGGACGAAGUUUCUAUGGCAAUGAGACAAACUUCGGGGAUCAGUCUGGGAUGGGGAUGAUGUCGUCAGGCUUGGGCCUCGGCUAUGACCGUGGCCAGUACACCUCAGGUCACGGCCCACCGCACGGUAUGCUGCGGCAGAAAUCCAUCGGGGUGCCUGAGGAGGAGAGGCAGUACCUGCAUCCUCCAGCCGUGAAGUUUGCCCGCAGUCUGUCGGUGCCUGGCCCAGACGACAUCCCUCCUCCUCCCACUACAGCUCCACCAGACCCUCCGUUUUCCUCUGCUCCACCACUAGGUUGGAGAGCAAAGUCAUCUCAGCAGCCUUCUGUCUCCGUGUCCCAGUCCACAUCCACCUCUGCGCACUAUCAGCCCUACGCCCAGUCAGUGCACUUCACCCAUGGCGGCAGGGAAAGGGCAGGUGGUCCCAGCACUGGCCCCAGUGGUGGAGCGGUGGACCACACAACCCAGUAUGCACACGCAGCUGCCCAUACUGCUCAAAGCAGGACUGCUUCGCGGAAGGUUGCCUAUACUGGGGAGCCUGUUGGAGCUGGCAUAGGGGCUGGUGGAGGGGCCAAAGCAGCCGGUCUUAGGAGAGGUUACAGCACCGCUGUCCCCCCAUCCAGCAUAGCCACUGUAAUGCCCCAGCAACAACAGACUACCCAGAGUCAACCCCAGCGAGCAGACCGCAGUGCAGCUGGGGCUGGAGCAGGUGGUCCUAAAGGAGGGGCCCGGAGAGGUAAGGGCCCCCUUGUGAAGCAAUCCAAGGUAGAGGACCUGCGCAUGGGCCAGGGUACACUGGGGGGUAAAGGCUCGAUGGAGAAAAGCUCCAUCCCCAUCCCCACCAUUAUUGUCAAGGCCCCUUCAACCAGCAGCAGUGGACGCAGCAGCCAGGGCAGCAGUGUGGAGGCAGAUGUUCCUGCAUCAGGGGAGACAGAUGAUGCCAAAACACCCCAUCCUCCCUCCACUCCUGCUCCACAGCCCCCUGCCCCACCUUCCAUCCCAGCUCCACCACCUCCAUCCUUGCCUUCUAUGCGAGCCCAGGAUAAUCUGGACUUUACCAGCCAGUUUGGGGCUGCCAUUGUUGGUGCAGCUCGUCGAGACAGGGAACGGUUUCAUGAAGCCCGCAGAAAGAGUGCCUCCUUGUUUAUGUCUGCUGAGGAGGAUGUGAGUCUUGGAGGAGUGAGUGAUGGAUUAACAAGGACUCAAGUGUCACAGCAACAGCUUAGCACACAGGCUGAGAGUUCAUCAACACGGCUGCGCCCAUCCAAGUCUAUCGAUGAGGGCAUGUUCUCUGGGGACACUUUUAUCCAUCACACCCGCAGUAUGCCUCCAGCCUUUGGCCUACCUGAGUACUCCUCACCUGCCCUAGACUAUCAGCCUAAGUCUGUACCUACUGACUUGUACACAGCAGCAGGUAGGCAGCAAGCACAGCCCAGUUCCACCACCUUCAUUCACCCUCUAACAGGAAAGGCUCUUGACCCCACAUCACCACUAGGUCUCGCCCUGGCUGCCAGAGAGCGUGCUCUGAGGGAUGACAACAGGUUAAGGAGGGGACCAGAGCACCACUUCACCCGCCAGAUGUCGAGUGUGGUUUUCCCUUCGUCUGCUGUCACCUCUCAGCCGGUGUCAUCCGCCGCUCAGUCCUCCAGCUCCUCUUACCUGGUCACCUCGUCUUCUCUGGCUGCCACCACGGCCACUGUUGGCCGCCCGCCCUCGCCCAGAAUCCUCAGAGGAGUUGGAAGUGUGUGGAGUGAGGAAGGUGGUGGAGGAGAGAGGGAACGGGAAGGAGGAGGGGCUCGUGAGGGGCUAAGAGUUCGUUUCUCUGAGGACAAAACGGUCCAUACGCACCACUACCAGUCUCAGCCGUAUCAGCCAAGCUAUAAGGAAAGGGAGCGGGAGAGGUCUAGGGAACGGGAGAGGGAACUGUCGAGAGAAAGAGAGAGGGACAAAGAGAGAGAGGGUUAUAUGAGGAGGGCAGAACAGGCUGCUGCCAAUGCAGCAGCUGCUGAAAGCGCUGCUCAGCAGGCAUCCCAGUCUCAACCGCCUCGGAGGCCCUCAUUUCUUAGGAUGGAAAGUCAAUCUGAUGCCUAUGUCUUGUCCCUCACCCCUCCCUCUCCUCCACCUACCAGUACUCAGCAGACAACGAACACUACUGGGAGCACUGGGACUGGUCUGAUGGUUCUUCCUCCCCCUGCUCCCUCAGUUGAUGCAGACGAUGAGUUUGUCUACGCAGACCCUCUCCCACCUCCAUUAGAGUUUGCCAACAGCUUCGACAGGGGAAUUGGGGCAAUGUCAGGGUACUCACAACACGGGAUGCGCCCCAACAGCCUGGCCUCCCGCCAACAGCAGGUUCCUCCACCCCCUCCACCUCCGCCUCCUCCUCCACCACCACCCCCUCCACCCCCCCAAAAAGAACCAUUUACAAGCGGGUUUCCUGCUCAUACACCCCUGCCCUCACCUCAGGCAGGGGACUCCACUGCCUCCAGCCUCACAUCUUAUGACAGUGAGGUGGCUAACCUGACUCAGUCGGCUCCCUCUCCCUCCCAAACGUCGCCCAACCCUCCACCCCCUCACUCACCCUCUACUCUGCAGCCCACCUCGAUAGCAGGACCUCCGCCUCCCCCGUCAGUCUCACCACCACCUCCUCCCGGAUCUUAUCACAGACCUUUCUCUAUGUCCCACCCCCACCACCUUUACAAUAGCUCUCACACUCCUGGGCGCUCCUCCCCCACACCUCCCCCACACACAGUCGCGCCACCCCCGGCCUACCGUGGUCCCCCGGCGCCCACCUCCACUGCUGCCACCUCUGCUCCACAUAGGGGCACUGACUCACAUGCCACGACCGCUAGCUGUGCCGCUACAACCACCACUGCUGCCACCACAACAAGCACCUCCACUCAGCUCUACCAGGAGCGCACACACACCACGCAUACAACAUCCUCCUCCACCAUUGCAGGCAGUCGCAGAACAGGGGAGCACCACCGUCCUCCCCCUGCUACCAAGAAAGGAGAGUCCCAGGAGACGGUGGUGGACUCUGGAAUUGAGGAACUGGACAGCCGCAGCAGCAGUGACCACCACCUGGACAGCAUCCUGGCUGGUGUCCGGGGCGAGAGGCUGGACCGAGGUGAUAGAGGAGGACGGAUGGGAGGGGGAGGUGGGACAGGGGAAUCAGACAGGGGAGGAGAUUUUCUGGAGUCUUACAUGAGUUACCUGGAUGGACAAACUUUUGAGAUGCAGAAUGCCACAGCAGCAGCCUCCACCUACCCAAAAACCAACAGGUUCAGAGAGGGAGGUCGCACUGGUGAUUUACACAGACAGACCAGCACCGCUCCUGCAUCCUUCCACUCCCACAGACGAAGGGAUGAGCAGGAGGAGGACGAGGCCGAGGAGGGAAUGGAUGAAAGUGGCCGGGAUGGGUAUGGGGUGAGGGACGUGCAGAAUUUGGGACGUCCUAUUUCACCGUACUUUGAUCGCCCCCGCACUCCUGAGAUGAAGCCUCUUUGGGGCGAGGGGCAGAUGGACCAGUCGGGGCAACUUUUAGAGGGGAAGAAGAUUUACCCUCCUGCGUCCAGUAUGAAGCCCAGCAUUAUCAAUGAGCUGAGCAGUAAACUGCAGCAAAGAACCAAGGACAGCUGGAGUAGCCAGAGACCGCUGAGCAGACACAGAAGCAGACACAGAUUUUCAGAGGAUUCAGCUUCAGCUCUGAGCCCCCCCUCAGCCCGAUCCCAGUCACCAUCUCCAAUCUCUUUAUCGCAGCCAUCGUUAUCCCCGUCCCCCACCCCUGCCUCCCAGUACCCAAACUGGGGACGGUCCCCAUCUCCUCAACCUCCAGCUGCCUCUCAGCCUCCACGUUCCCAUUCCCCGCUGUCCCCUACAUCUUAUUCCCCAUACCCCACUUCCCCCAAACACAGACCUGUCUACCGGACCAAAGCCCUAGAAUUCCAGUUCAUCCCUAGUCGCGAGUCUCGCAAAGCAGAAUCACACAUGCUCCAGCGUAGGCGAGCACCCAGCCCCCUCAUCUCCCCAUCAGAGAGACCCAAGCUGGGUCCACCACGGCCAUCAUCUCUUCCGCUCCUCCCCACCACACCUCUAUACAGUGCCAUGUACGACCUCCGAGGUUCAAUCACCCCGCCAUCACCUGGGAACCCUCUCGGAGAUCCUUACUUUUCGCCCUCUCCUCCUCUCUUUGCCCCCUCCGGUGCCCCUCCUCCUCCAAACUCCACCUUAGUUGUUUCUCGAUCCCUCUCUCCAACUCACUUCCUUUCUGGGACCUCUUCUCCGCCCCUGCACCCCCUCCCUCCACCUACAUGCCUGAGUUACCCCCAUCUACCGCCCCCUUCCCCUACAAAGCCUUUUGCCUCCAAGCCGCUGCCCUACUGGACCAAGUAUGAUGUUGCAGACUGGCUAGGAUACCUGAACCUGGGUGAGCACAGAGAGCGUUUCCUGGACAACGAGAUUGACGGAACCCACCUUCCCUCCCUGACCAAGGACGACUAUCUGGAUCUGGGUGUGACGCGUGUAGGCCACCGCAUGAACAUAGAACGGGCCCUGAGGACCGUAAUGGACAGGCUUUCCAGCAGCCCAUUUCCCAUUUCUGUUCUCUCACCUCGGGAAGGACAGACAGAGAGGAGGAGGGACGAUGGGAGUCGGAGCUGAGGUUGCAAACGCAGAGGCAGAAAGAGAAAGAGAGAGAGAGAGAAAGAAAGAAGGAGGGGUUGGAGUCAAUGAGGGAGGAAGACACAACUGCUGCUAUCCAUGGUGGAUUCACACAACAAAUGAGGGGGGAACAGAUUUCACACAGAGAGCGACAGAAAGAGGGAGUCAAGUCCCAAAGGGAGAUGGAAACACAGGGAUGGAAAAAGGGCUGACGAUCCAUAAAGACACCGGCUGGCGCUCCCCAGUUGUGGCAGGCUGAUUUACACAAGUACACUCCCCACAUGCAUGCACGGUCACACCAAUCGACAAACAAGUAACACAAACACACUUUCAUCCAAAAUGCAUAUGAAAACACCAUGGCUGCAGCAUAUAUCACGAAUGAAACCGAACCAAAUACUUGAGAGGAACAAACAAAAGCCAGAUCGAUUUUUGAAAAAAAAUUGAGCAAGUUGUGUUGUUGGUGAGCUAGAGAAGAUAGAGGUGUCCUUCAUCGUGCAGCCAUCUUGUUGAAUAGUCCUCUUACCCUUCAGCUGGCUGGUUAAAUCUGUUCAGGUUUAAGAGUGGAACCCACCAAGAGUAUUUAGAGUGCAAUCAAUGACAACCCCUCCCCGUGUGAGUGGAUGCUAGUUUUUAACCGUGUCUGAAUAUCAUCGAUGAAUAUCUGAGUGUGAAUGGGGGUGAGUGUCUGCAGGUGCAAGGCUUUGUCUGUCUGCAUGGCGAACGUAGGACGACGCAGGGCAGUAUAUCAUGACAGCUUCCACGUCUUUUAGAGGUGAAGAGGGCUCAGACGGAAAACUUGUGUCCUCGGCUCAAACCGAGGAGGCCAGCUGCGUGUUCGGCUUGGAUUGGUUACGUCUUGUUUUUACCUCACCACUGGUAGGGCUCUGUCUUCACUGCAGGUCCUGUGAUCAGGAUGUUCUGUGUUUCUCUAUAGCUCUUUAUCAUCUUAAGUCUUAUAAUGACAUAUAUACAGACUGGUCACUGUAUCACAAAUUUGUAGCAAAAAUAAGUGCCCAGACCAACAAAAUAUAUAAAAAAAUAAACACUGAUACACACACACAGGCACCCGAGUUACUUCUAUACAUGCCUGCAUGCAUACACCAACAUGUAGACACACAUACACACAAGCACUUGCGAGUGAUUGUGUUAGAGUUUAUGGGACACCUUAUAUAUAGACACACUAUAUGUUUGGAUCCACAAAAGGAGACAGACUGUGCUUUCAACUGUUAGACGGGAACAUGUGACAGUGCGAAGAGAAAUCCCCCCGAGGAUUCGAUUUUCCUGAGAAAGACUUCCUCAGCGUCGAGGCAACUGUUGUACAACCAUUGAGACCUUCCAUCCACCGAGGGAGACUGGAAAGGAGAGGGGGGAGGGGAAGAGGAAAAACUGCCAUUUUCUUGCUCUUUCCCCACCCAAUCCCCCCCUGCUCCUUCCAGGAGUGGCCCCCCCCUCUCUCUCGACAAAAUCCAGGAGGAAACAAGCAGCCACCGGGCCGAGGGGAUCUGACAGAAAAACGCUUAUAUCGAGUUUUAAUACUAUGAUUGUUCUUACAAUUUUUAAACUUUAAAUGGGAAUACUGGAAUACUGAUAUUGAUAUGAAGAGAUUUAUUGUUACUAUUUAUCAUUACUUUCAUCGUCCUUACUGUUAUUACAGCUUCAGAGAGUUCCUGCUUUCUGCCUCUGGUGGCUGACGUGGCGCUCGUGUGCAGUCGGCGCAUUUUCUGACUGUGUGAUGAAGAUAAUCGUGUUGGUUAUAUAGAUAAAUAUAUAUGUAUAUAUAGGUAUUUUUGAAUUGAAAGAUGCAUAUUAUUUAGUGCACGGUACCCUUAACAUUGCUUCUGUAUGACGAGAAGCAUUGCAACUUAAUGUGAAGCACAUUUUAGAAACACUUCCUUUCUCCUUGCUGUUUUUCUUUUUGUCAGACUGUGAAGCUUUAAUCAAAAUGACACGUGUAUGGCCUCAAAAUAUGAUUUUCUCACUCUUUUAAAAAGUUAGUCGGCACUUAUAUGCAGAUACUGAGUGUGUAGCAAGUGUUACUCUAGGGGAUGCCCAUGAUACACAUAAGUGAAAAUUAUAUAUCACUUUAUUUAACUUUAAAUGUAUUUUUGAAUUCCGGCUACCCCGUUUUUUUGAUUGAUAACAUUCACAAAUAUGCUUUUCCCAUGUCUCCAUGUGCCAUAUUGCCAUCACUGCACAUUUACAUCUCAUUAAAACCUCAGUCCUGCUUUUCUCACUGUUGCUGAGAUCAAAUAUAAGGGCUCUCUCAUGACCUCUCUACCUUGAACAACGCUUCACCUCUCCUGCUGCUUUUGAGUCCUCGAACACAUAUCAAACAUGCGUUUUACAUUGGGGCAUUGAUGGGGGAGUCCACUCCCCUUGCGGCCCUGCUACUCCUCAGUCUGUUUUUGCAAAAAGAUAAAUGAGAUUUCAUAGAUAGCGUUGCUCAAAGUGCACACACACACAGGCUUGUGAAUGAGUAAAAGUGGAUUUGUCUCUGUAUUUGCUUUGUGCUGGUGGUCAAGGAGAGAUUAUAUUUGAAUGCAAAGGAAAUAGCAAUAAGGACGAUGAAAACAAUGGUCAUCUAAUUAUGGUUUAAGAUGUAAAAAAAAAAAGAAAAAAGUCUCAAAAGUUCUAAAGAAUCUCUGUCUUCCAAAUAAUAUUUAACAUGAAAAGGUACAAUGUAUUUAUUUAACUGUUCUGCUUUCUAUACAGUUCGACCCGUUCUCUACAUCUGCUCCCUUCCACUGUUAAUAGCCUGACAGUAUUAAGAGCUCCAGUCUGUUCUCGCUCAUCAUUUGCAUCUCCUUGUUUGUACAAAGCACCUUCUGCAGUCGCUGACAUGUGCCAGUAUGCUCACAGCUCAUUGUUUAUUACCAGCAUAUUAUGCAAUGACCCUAUUUCCAUUAGCAACUGUGGCUUUUCACAUUUCCCUUUAAAGGUUUUGAAGUCAUUUUCAGCCAAAAAGGGGGCAUGUUUCUGAAAUGGUGAACAAGCAGAAUGUGGCUCCCAGAUUCUCCUUGUUUCUAUCAGGUCUCUAAAACGCUUGCUAGUGUAAACAGGGCCCAUAAUAACUUUGGAUAAGACAUUUUGAAAACAUCUCUUACUGCUACAAUGAUGUUCUCGUUAAGUGACCGCAGAGAAACAGUUUUUGGGGAAUUGUUUUUAAUCCUUUCUUUGCAUUUAGAAGUUAUAAUCAAGAUAUGGUGGCUCGCCACUGCUGUCAGGAGAAAAAAAAAAUCAGAGGGAAUCGGUCUGACUCUAUAGAAAGCAUUUCUUUUUCCUUUAAGAGAUCUUUUAAAAAAUGAGAAUAUGAACUGAUGAAAGGUAACUUACAGAAUAUAUAUGUAUAUGUGAUAUGCAUAUACACACAUUCAUAUAAACAUAUAUGAAUUUCAAAUGUUUUAAGAGAUAAUAAAUUGUUAGAAUUAUAAUAAAGAUACAGAAACAAAGUUGUAAUUUAUGUUUUCUGAUUUCUUGACUGAAUUAUGCUUAAUUUCCAUCUGGACACUGAUGUUUACCUGUGGGGCGACACUAUGGUGUCUAAACAUAUGCCACUGACAGACUGUGUAGGUUCACAAAUUUGGGUGUGGUGUACUGUUGUACCAUUUUAAGUAACUGAUUGAGGUCAAAUUGGUUACUCAGGUGAUUUCAAAUCUAUUUUUAUAUAUAUAGAAAAAUUGUCAUUUUUGUAGGUGAAGUAUUCCUUUAAGCUAUUUGGGCUGACAGUGUUGCAGUAAUACUUAAAAUGACAUCCCACUGAGUACACUGUAGAUAGUGUACCAAUGAAAUACUUAAUAGGUAUCUAUUGGUAGGUAACAAUUUUGUGUUAAAGAGGGACCUUGAAAAAAAAUUACAACCUGUCAUUUUUAAAUUACUCUUAUUAAUAAUUUCAGGGUACAGUAAACCUUCAAGCUUAGUCUCUCUUUUCACAGUAGCUACUUAACCAAAAGAAGCCGAACUGUGUUAAAACUUUACUUAAAAAUAUAAGUUCAUAUAAAAUCUAAACUUUCACGUACAAUAAUUGAUGUUACGCAUACAUUCAAUAGCUUGCCAGUGUUGUUCAUAUAGUAUACUGCCUGAUGUACACAGUAAAAAUUUUGAUCUUCAGGUCACAUUGGAUCCACUGCAGAACUGUUACUCAGUAUUAGAUAAUUAAAAACACAACUACUCUAUAGCCACAGGUAUAAAAAUAUGACAUUAAAGGUUAGCUUAAGGAUUUUCUCUAGCAACAGUAACAAUGUACACAACAUUAUGGUCUUCGUAUUUUGGUAUGUCACGAUUUUAAAAUGAUACAAUUUUAUUGCUAUAAACAUUGUUUCCACUGUAUCCUGAAAAGUAAGAAUUUCAUUUCAAAGUCCCCCUCAAACAAAGUUGUCAGCCCCUUAUUUACCAGCUGUUUGUCUUCCUCCCUCUUAUUUACUUUGGUACAGGUACCCAUAAAGUAUGAAUAUACAAAACACUAGAGUUACCCAGCAUUGCUCAUAACAGCGGAUCUCAUCUUCACAAGUUUUGGAUUUGUCAUUUGAUCAAAAUCAGUCCAUUUCAGUAUGAGGUUGUCAGUACUGUGAGUCAGUCUACAGAACAGUCAAACUGCAACACAUUCAUAAAUGCUGCAGUUGAAUCAUGUCACAGUGACAAACCCAACAGC